AUGAUCUCCCAAGUCUCAACCGACAUUCCGCUAGCAGAAGACGACCCUAUAAUCGGCUUCCAAAAGAAAGAUCUAAUUGGCCUUGAUCUACCACACAAUGACGCUCUUGUCAUCAGCAUUCAAAUCGCUCAGGCCAUGGUCGGCCGAAUCCAUGCAGACGAGGGCAGUGCGGCCAACAUCCUACAAUUGACAGUUAUCCAACAGAUGGGCUUAGAGGCAAAGAUCAAUAAAUCAGCCAAGUCGCUGACUGGUUUCAAUGGAGCAACAACGGUCACCGUAGGCACGAUAGAGCUCGACGUCUACGCCCCACCUGUAAUCAGCUCUCAAACGUUCAUGGUCAUUGAUGAAGUCUCACCCUACAAUGGCAUCCUAGGCAGGCCAUGGAUCAGCAAGAUCAAUGCCAUCACCUCCGCCACGCAUCAGAAGAUUCGCUACCCAAUUCCUUGGGGUGGGAUCGGCCAAAUCAACAGCGAUCAGGCGAUGGCGAGGAAAUGCUCAGCUCAAGGGCUGAAGAAAGGCAAGCAAACACAGUUCCUCCCUGUGAAUCAAGCAGAUCUAAAGGGAGUAGAACAAGCAGAUGAGGAAGCAGAUCCCGUUCCUGACGGCCGAGCAGGCCAAAAAGGAAAGGGAAUAACUACUCCCCAAUAG